GGAGGAUUCACCAACAUGGAAUUUAUUCGUUCGCCUAGUCUGUGGUCAAAAUUUCUAAAACGCAAUGGGUACACAAUUCACGAAUGCAUUGGUGCUGGCAGCUUCGGAGAUGUUUUUGCAGUGACGAAAGAAGUUACUGGUGUACGACUCGCCAUGAAACGCCUGGUGUCCCGAGGAAGUAUCUCAGAUGACACAUACGCCAUGACAGAGAUAAAUGCUCUGUUGACAUUUGAUCAUUUGAAUAUUAUUGGUCUAGAAGAAUUCUUCAUGUGGAACAGUUUAGCCUGUGUUGUUCUAGAACUUGCUCCGUGUGGUAAUCUUGAAGUGAUGAUUCUAGAACGUGACAGAAAAGUGAAAGACAUAUUUAUUCAAAUAUCCUUUCGCCAGUUGCUAUCCGCUGUGAAUUAUUGUCAUGGUCUUGGUUACGCCCAUCGAGAUAUCAACCCUAGUAACAUCCUCAUUUUCAACGAUAAUCUUGUGAAACUGGCGGAUUUUGGUCUGUGUGUUCAAUGCAUUGACGAGAAUACCAGGGAGUCUAUUAUGUGUUCGGACUAUUUAGGGCACGAAGCUUUCCUGGCGCCUGAAGUGAAACUGCAGAAGCCCUUUAAUCCAAUAUCUUCAGAUGUUUGGAGUCUUGGAUGUGUUCUGUUUUUCAUGUUAAAUAGAGGGAAUCCACCGACUAAUGUAUCUGAUCCUUCUAAGAUGACAGACAUCAUUGAAAAAGUUAUGGAUCAAAAUGCUUUUAAAUCUGUAUGUUUGAUUAUGCUAAAAAAUUCUUUAUGUACAAGAGCUUUGAAACGACCACAUGUCUCUCAGUUGAUAUCAUUUUGGACCUAUUAA